GUACGGGUUAGUACUAUGUAUAUGUAUGAUAGGGUAGAGAGGGAGAGAGUUUGGAAGCAGGUUGUUGUCAGGCGGAGGCGUUGAUAUUCUCGGAGGAGGAAUACGGCGUUAUAGCUACCUGAGUGACCGAAGAUACAAAUACGUACUUGGAAUAGUACACGGAAACCAUUAGGUGUACAAAGGAGGAGCGCAAGUCGGACUACGGCAAGCCCCGGUGGAGGGCAAGAGUGAGCUGUAGCGGGGUCCAGGUUUUAAAAGAUGAACAAAAAUCACCGAGUGCCGAGCAACCGAACUCUAAGCGCCGUGGAGGUGAAGAGCAAGUUUGGUGCCGAAUUCCGUCGGUUCUCCCUGGACCGCUCGAAGCCUGGUCGAUUCGACGAGUUCUACGGACUCUUGCAGCAUGUGCACCGCAUUCCCAACGUAGAUCUGUUGGUGGGCUACGCCGACAUUCAUGGAGAUCUGCUGCCCAUCAACAAUGACGACAACUACCACAAAGCCAUCUCCACCGCCAGCCCGCUGCUGCGCCUCUUCCUACAGAGAAAAGAGGAAGCGGACUACUCGGCGUUUGGGACGGACUCUCUGACCCGUAAGAAGACGGUCCUCUCCACCGUGCUUCUGAGGCCUGACAACAACCGCAAGAAGCCGGCGGUGAUCAUCAGCCUGCCGCGCGACUUCCGGCCCGUGUCCUCCAUCAUCGACGUGGACAUCCUGCCGGAGACGCACCGGCGCGUGCGACUGUACAAGCACGGCCAGGAGAAGCCGCUGGGCUUCUACAUCCGUGACGGCUCCAGCGUGCGCGUCACGCCCCAGGGCCUGGAGAAGGUUCCGGGCAUCUUCAUCUCGCGCAUGGUGCCUGGCGGGCUGGCGGAGAGCACGGGGCUGCUGGCGGUCAACGACGAGGUGCUGGAGGUCAACGGCAUCGAGGUGUCGGGAAAGUCCCUGGACCAGGUGACGGACAUGAUGAUCGCCAACAGCCACAACCUCAUCAUCACCGUCAAGCCCGCCAACCAGCGCAACAACGUGGUGCGCAACAGCGGGGCGUCGGGCAGCUCGGGCCGCUCGUCCGACAGCGGCGCCAGUCACUACGGCUACCACACGCCGGCCGCCUCGGCCGCGCCCACUCACAUCAUUCAGAACUUCGGGCUGGACGAGCUGGAGAGCGACGAAGACGAGGAGGACCUGGUGUUGGAGGUGGGCGAGGAGGCCCGGCCCAUCCCCCGCACCGCCUCCUCCAGCAGCAGCAUGCCCUCGCUGCCCCGCUACGAGCCCCACCUGGGCCUCCGCCCCAACGGCGCCCUGCCCGCCGGCAGCGUGGGCUCGCUGACCACGCCCGAGACGGAGCGGCCAGGCCUGGAGGAGGACGGGACUGUCAUCACGCUGUAGACGCUGACAUCGCGCUCGCGGUACGACGCUUCAGGGUACUCGUGUCUCUUAGCCAGAGGAGGUUCCUCUGUUCUUCCAGUGGUGGACGCUGAGAGUAUUUUCAUCAGUGUCUGGAGCUGUAAACGAAUGCACAUAUCCGCAAGCUCUCAAUUCUCUACAAGGUGUUAGACAAUAGACAACAAAAUAUAUGAUUAAAGAACUGUAUGUACACUGAUUAUAUUGACAAUCUCCUUCAUACCUUUGACUGAAGUCCUCUACAUGAGUCGUGAUUGCAGCAUGCAAAUUGUAAUGAAAAAUUACUUCCAUAGCAUAAAUUACUAUAGUGUGUAUGACCAAGGAAAUGUAGGGUCUGCAAUAAUCUUAGUCUGGGUGAGGACACAAUUAAGGAUGUUGGGUUUAGCAUCUGACUGGAUAUUUUCUACCACUGCUUUCAUGUUGUCUUUUCUUGACUUUAUAUUAUUCUGGGGGAAAGAUAUAUUUAAAAAACAUUUUAAACACUUAUGUUAAGCUAUUCAAUUUUGAAAACCACUAAUCUUUAAAAUCAGUUUACUUGAUUGAACCUUAAUUUCAUUCUUCAUUCUUUCAGUGGAACAUAAGUAAGGGCAUUCACAGCAAAGCUUUUGGUUUCUUUAACCCCCCUCCCUCUCCCAUUCCUGGGGUGUGGAAUAUUCCACCCCCAACAUAAUGAUCCAAGAUCUCCUUAAGAAACGAAUCCAGGCCUCCAACCUUAAUGUGAAAAACACAUCUGUAAACUUGUUGAAUCUCACACGUCUGUCUCAUCGAUAAUUAUGCUGAAGAAAGUUCUUCCCUGUUUUUCAAUGUUUUUGUCAAUUCCUUUAUUUUUUUAAAAACCUUAACCACAAGGGUUGCACCCUGCCUUUGAAAAAUAACUGUAAUCGCAGGAACAAUACAUAGAACCUGACCUCUCUGAGAGGAAUACGGUUUCAUUCUCAUAGCACAGAAUGUUCCCUCUGUGGGCAGUCUGAUUCACCCCAUAGCUUAUAUCCACCCAUAGUCCUGGACAAACUCUAUGGUCUAAUAAAACCUCCACCAUAGAUAUUGAAGCACUAGAUAUUUAGAAAGAAACUGGCCUAUUGCAUGGUUAGAAUGGAAAGUGCAUAUAAUCACCAGUUGCAUUUUAUAUUCGCAAACAUUCAGUCUGCUUACGUAGGAAAGUCUGUUCCUAUGGUCCUGUGUAAUUCACUUUUUCAGAUGCAAGACAUAUUUCAGCCAUAGAUAAAGGUUUUGCACAAUUUCAUUGUUUUGAAAUAUAGUAGCAAUAGAAAACAAGCUCUAAUCAAGCACUUUAAAUUUUCAAUAUCAAAGUAUCAGGAAUACAUACAACAGUGGGAUGAGUCCAGGACCAAUUGCUGAGAAUCAGUGCCACCAUAAACCACAAAUAUCAUAAAUCAGCAAUGUAUACAUUAACCUAUCAGUAAUCGGAGAAGUCCUGUAAACUUGAGUUUUUCUUCAACUCUUACUUACUUGCACCCCACCUUCCCUCUCACUCAAGCAUACAUCUCACCAUGUGUACAGAGUCUUGUUUAACUAAGGUGGAGCCUAGCACACACAUCCCUCUCUAACCACCUGCUAGAACAGCACAACAGGAUGUAGAGUUAUGCUGAAAGUAAGAGAGUUCUCAUUCCUUUGAGCUCCACGGUUCCAUAUCAGUGACUGUAAAUCUGGGUUGUUUUGAAAGGACUUAGACUGGAAGGUAACUGUCACCAGAGCCUUGUUAAUGAGGUUCAUCCCACCUCCCAUGUGUACUGAAAUGAACUCCUUGUCCUAGGGGUUCACUUGAGCUGCUGCAUUCAUCCCCCAUUGGUCAUUCAGGGGCUUGGAAAUCUGGUGGCUUCCCUGCUCUUGUCCAGCAUGUGUUGCACCAUUCCCAGGCCCAUUGCUUUAUUAAAAUAGUAGUUAUGAUAAUAACUAUUAAUAUUAUUGUUUUUAUCAUCGCAUCCAUGACAUCAGUGCCUACAGAAAAUGUUUUGUUUUGUUCAACUGUGACCUGUCAAGUCUUUUGUUGGAUUUGUUUUUAAAAGUUGUGUAUUGGGAAUGGAACGCUGCUUCCCCGAGCAGUCAGAACCCAGGUCUGACAAGGAGCAUAGCUGUUUGUAUUUGAAAAAAAACAAACUUGUCUCUGUAAAUAGUUUCUGUGGCUGAGCCCUGGUUGGUUCGGCGCACUGUGAGAAGUGGAGGGUGGGGGAGGGGAGUAGACUGAUGUGGAUUUAUAAUUUCUCUUUUCUUUUCUUUUUUAAACAAGUAUUGUUUUCUGUUUUUAAACUGUUGAUCUUUGGUUCUGAGAUACCCAGAGAUUCUAUCUGCAGGUUUACCUGAGGUGAAUGAAAAACAUCACUGUCAGUUGGGGAGUCAGUUUACCUCCCCAUGGACACUGGCUGGUUAGUCCACAGGACUUGCAGAGAUUGCAUCUCUUAGAAGAGCCAGCAAACAAAGCAUAAGCAACAUUUUGAAUGGCAAUUUUUGAACCAAUAUUGAUUCAUUUUCACUACACAAUUUUAGGAUUGUAAUUGCAAUGUAUAAUUUAUUUUCUAAUUAUUUUGCGGCUUAUAACUUUACUGGGUUUACUCUUCUUAAGGUAUUCUCAAUCUGUCUCUUGUGUGAACAGUUCACUGUUAAACGGUCAUUUGAAGAAGUGCUGAAAGGCAUUUUGCCCCCCAUAUGCUGUAGGUGAUUUUUGAAAAUGGGAUUUCCUGCUCAUAAUUUUGCUAGGGGAUAGAAGGUACAUAUUUGCAACAAUGCUGUUUUUUUAACUGUGAAUUUUCUUUUUACUCUUGGGACAAAGCAGUAGGCAUCACAGAAUGUACUAAAAUGGGCUUUUAAACCUGUUUGUUUAAUGUCAGUUCCUUUUUUUUUUUAAGAAAGCAAUGAUUUUGCUUGCCACAUAAAUUGAAGGUAUAGAUUUGUAUUAAAAUGUCAGUAUUUUCUUAUUAAUUCUCUAUGAUGUACAUUUGUAUCACAUUAAUGAAAAUAUUUUAAAAUUAAAAUAUAAAUAUAUAGAUGCACAUCUAUAAUGGUCAAUUCUAUGAGCUGUACAAAAUAAACUUAUGACUAGAA